CCUCUCUCCCAAGUUGCGGCGGACCUGGAAUUUAACCACCUCGGCACAUCGGCGUUCGUCGCUCAAAAUCUAAACCCUAGCUCCAACGCCAACUAGACGGCCGCGGCGGCGGCAGAAGAGGGGAUCGCGGGAGAUGCCUCCGGCGUCUGUGGUUGCAUCGGCCGUGGAGAAGCUGCAGCUCGCGGCGCAGGACGCGGCCAGCUCCUCGUCGCGCUCGGCCGCCGCCUUCUCCGAGCAUGCGCAGCAAGCCCUCGUGCCCAGGGCCGCUGGCCAGGUUGUUUCUCUAUCGACUUGUACGAAGGUCAGCGCAAUUAGCUUUGCAGUUGGUGUCGUGGUGGGCUUCACACUCAAGAAAAGGCUACGCCGAUGGGCUGCUAGACUGCUGAAGAGAAUUAAGGACGAUGACUAGUGCAAUCUUUUUGCAGUAUGUUUAGAGUUUGUUCAGAAAUCAGAACUAUCUGUAGCUCAGUGCCUUCCCAAGCUUGACUCUUUGAAUGCUUCCGUAAAUUUGCUGUGAACAUAAGCUUACAGUUUCAUCCGCAUUACGACAUUGUGGCAUGUGGCAACGUUGAUUCGAUAUUGAUAUUGCUAAUAGCAAUGCGAAUGCAGCAUGCUGCGCAACUAUUCUC